AUGACUGAAAGUGAACACCGCCAGCCAACUACGACACUUUAUUGCUCCAAUGUACAUGGGACGUACAAUGUUGUAUUUCUCGUAGCAUUCAACAUCAUUCUGUCCGUCGUUGCAUCACUGGGAAACUUCGUUAUCCUCGUUGCCCUCCACAAAGAGUCUUCCCUUCAUCCGCCAUCAAAACUGUUGUAUCGUUGCCUUGCCAUCACUGAUCUCAUUGUUGGCUUCGUUUCUCAGCCUCUGUUUGCCACCCAGUUGCUUUUGGAUAUAAACGAACGGCCACAUCUGUGCACCCGCCUUGGCAAGUGGGUGGAUGAGAUAAGUUUGGUUUUUAGCUUAGUAUCUGGCGUGAUAGUAACCGCCAUAAGUGUGGACAGACUUCUCGCUCUGUUGCUGGGCCUGCGGUACAGACAUGUUGUAACACUGAUGCGAGUUGGUAUAGCUGUAAGCUCUAUUUGGCUAUUGGGUGUAAUUUGUGCAUUUAUUGAUGCCUUCUGGCCUAUUUUGGGUUCCAUAAUUAUUGGAUAUGUCAUUACUAUAGUCACUCUGACUUGCUUGAUAAUUUCAGCUUAUUGUUACACGAGGAUCUUACUUCGUCUCCGCCAUAAUCAAGCUCAAAUACAAGGCCACGUAGAGCAGCCAGCUGGACCCGGAAUUCCACUGAAUGUAGCCAGAUAUCGUAGGACUGUUUCUGCAGGGGUCUGGGUCCAGAUAACGUUAGUCGCUUGUUAUCUUCCCCGAUCAUUAGUGGGUCUUUUUGGGGCUCUUUUCUCUCUCAGUGCAGUGUCUAUAACACUUGGUAUAAGAUGUACGACAUCUCUUGUGUUCUUAAAUUCGAGUCUGAACCCGUUCCUAUAUUGCUGGAAGAUGAACGGAAUAAGACAAGCAGUGAAGGAUUUAAUGAAACAGUAUUGUUGUAAGUCAGAUUAA